AUGGCGGACAAAUUGACGAGAAUCGCUAUUGUCAAUAGCGACAAGUGCAAGCCGAAGAAAUGUCGACAAGAAUGCAAAAAGUCCUGUCCUGUCGUGCGAACUGGAAAGUUGUGUAUCGAGGUUACUCCCGAGUCAAAGAUUGCCUACAUCUCCGAACGACUAUGCAUAGGAUGUGGUAUCUGUCCCAAGAAGUGCCCCUUCGGAGCCAUUCACAUCAUCAACUUACCUACCAAUCUCGAAACCCAGGUCACACACAGAUAUUCAGCCAACUCUUUCAAACUGCAUCGACUGCCUAUGCCACGUCCUGGUCAAGUUUUGGGUCUGGUCGGUACCAACGGUAUUGGAAAGAGUACAGCCUUGAAAAUUCUCAGUGGAAAGCUCAAGCCAAACCUAGGACGAUACGAAAACCCACCUGAUUGGGAAGAGAUUUUAAAAUAUUUCAGAGGUUCGGAACUACAAAAUUACUUCACCAAGGUGCUUGAAGAUGACCUCAAGGCAAUCGUCAAGCCUCAAUACGUCGACCAGUUGCCAAGAGCGAUCAAAGGAGACGUCAAGACUGUCAGACCAUUGAUAGCCGCAAGGAGCGAGCUGGGUAACCUUGAUGAGAUCAUGGAUGCCCUUGAGUUGAACCAUGUCGCGGACAGAGAGAUUGCUGUUCUGUCUGGUGGCGAGCUGCAACGUUUCGCCAUUGCUCUCGUUGCCGUUCAGAAAGCCGACGUCUACAUGUUCGAUGAGCCUUCUUCAUAUCUCGAUGUCAAGCAACGUCUGACCGCUGCACGAACUGUGCGUUCACUCCUCCGAGACGAUGACUAUGUUAUCGUGGUUGAGCACGAUCUGUCCAUCCUCGACUAUCUAUCCGACUUCAUUUGUGUGCUCUAUGGUCGACCUGCUGUUUAUGGUGUCGUCACUCUUCCAUCUUCAGUCCGCGAAGGUAUCAAUAUCUUUUUGGAUGGUAACAUCCCUUCUGAGAACCUGCGUUUCCGGGAGGAAGCAUUGACCUUCCGUCUCACAGAGGCUGGCGAGGAGUACAUGACUGACAAGGCUCGUGCAUUCUCCUAUCCUUCCAUGAAGAAGACACUGGGAAAUUUCGAGCUUACCGUCAAGAGUGGCGACUUUACGGAUUCCGAAAUCGUUGUUAUGAUGGGCGAGAACGGUACAGGCAAAACCACUUUCUGCCGCAUGCUUGCUGGAGCCGAGAAGCCAGAUGGUACCCAAAAGGUUCCUGCCAUGAACAUCUCAAUGAAGCCCCAGAAAAUCACGCCCAAGUUCCAGGGCACAGUACGACAGCUUUUUUUCAAGCGAAUCAAGGCUGCCUUCCUCAACCCUCAAUUUCAGACUGACGUCUAUAAACCACUUAAGCUUGACGAUUUUAUUGACCAGGAAGUUCAAAACUUGUCAGGUGGUGAAUUACAAAGAGUCGCCAUUGUGUUGGCGCUUGGCCUGCCGGCUGAUAUAUACCUCAUCGACGAGCCUUCUGCUUAUCUCGACUCUGAGCAGCGUAUUAUUGCUGCUCGUGUUAUCAAGCGCUUCAUUAUGCACAACAAGAAGACUGCUUUUAUUGUUGAGCACGAUUUCAUUAUGGCGACAUAUUUAGCAGACAGGGUCAUUGUUUUUGACGGUCAACCAGGUAUCAAGUCGCGAGCCAACAAGCCUGAAUCUCUAUUGACCGGUUGCAACACUUUCCUACAGAACCUUGAUAUUACCUUCCGCCGAGAUCCAAACACUUUCCGACCUCGAAUCAACAAGUACCAGUCUCAGAACGAUCAACACCAGAAACUGGCAGGCAAUUACUUCUUCCUAGAAGAAGAGAGUUGA